AUGGAUAAUGGAGAAAUAACCGGAUUAAUUUCAGUUGAUAUUAGGAAAGCCUUCGACUCUAUUGAUCAUAAAAUCCUAUUAAGGAAGAUGCAAUACCAGUUUGGUGUUCAAGAUUUUGAGCUAAAAUGGUUCCAAUCCUAUUUGACGAAACGAAGCCAAGUUUGUGUUGUCGAUGGCCACACAUUGUUGGCUAAGGAAAUUGUAUGCGGAGUUCCACAGGGAUCUAUCUUGGAACCCCUCAUGUUUUUACUAUAUAUAAAUGAUUUGCCAGAAUGUCUGAAAAACACAACUCCUGGCAUGUAUGCUGACGAUACUCAAAUAUAUGCAUCUUCCGCAAGUUUCUCCGAACUA